AUGAGUGAAGAAGAAAGACAUACAAUAUUUACUGAAUAUUGGGGAUUAGGAGAUGUCAACCGCCAACGUGAUUUCAUAUCCAAAUACGUUACAGUAGUUUCUGAAGUUAGAACUAGAAUUCGUAAAAAGAAUAAGCAUCAUCCCGCUGAAGAACCAGAAAAGAAUGACAAUACUUUCUUAGAACUGCCUAAUGAUAAAAACAGUAGAAGAAACAGUACUUUUACAUUCUCUCUUCCCAGAAAUGAAAACAAUAAGCCCAAAAAGGAUCUCUGCGAUAUUUACCACAAAUACGGUAAUAGUUCUCCAGAAGAAAAAUUAGAGUUGGAAGAAGAUUAUCGCAUCCAUAUCCUAAAUAAAAAUAGGGCAAGAGAAAUCCAACAGUUUGAGAAACAAAGAGCAGCUGAGAAUAGCAGUCAGAAACUACAGCUACUUAAGUUUUAA